AUGGCGGGGGAACGAUGGCUUUUCACCAAGUCACAAAUUUCGAACACCCCCAGCCGAAAAAGCGGUAUAGACAGCGACAAAGAGCUGUCGUAUAGACAACAAGCAGCUAACUUCAUUCAGGACAUGGGGCAAAGGUUGCAAGUUAACCAGCUAUGCAUCAACACAGCCAUUGUCUACAUGCACCGCUUCUACAUGUUCCAUUCCUUCACCAGAUUCCAUCGCAAUAGCAUAGCUGCUGCAUCGUUAUUCCUAGGUGCCAAAGUUGAAGAACAACCUCGAAAACUUGAACAUGUGAUCACAGUGGCCCAUAAAUGUCUCAACAGGGAAGCUCCUCCUCUGGACACCAAGAGUGAGGCUUACCUGGAACAAGCACAAGAACUGGUCAUCAAUGAAGGAAUACUAUUACAAACAUUAGGUUUUGAGAUUAAAGUUGACCACCCGCACACGCAUGUUGUGAAGACAUGUGACCUAGUGAGAGCCAGCAAGGACCUUGCCCAGACAUCCUACUUUCUGGCCACCAACAGUCUACACCUGACAACUCUCUGUCUUCAAACUAAGCCAACUGUGGUAGCUUGUGUCUGCAUCCACCUGGCUUGUAAAUGGUCCAACUGGGAGAUCCCAAGGUCUUCAGAAGGAAAAGACUGGUUUUGGUAUGUGGACCAGCAUGUCUCACUGGAAACAUUGGAAGGUUUUACCCAAGAUUUCUUGACCAUUCUGGACAACUGCCCUAGCCGUUUAAAACGAAAGAUUAUGACCUGGAAGAAUGCAGCCCAGGAAAGAGAAAACCCCACAGACAAACGCCCCAGGCCAAGUGCUACAUCUGCUGCCAUCUCUGCUGAACCACCGUCUGCCCCAGGGAAUCACCCAGUGGACGGACGACAUGGGCGCCAAGAGAACCACGGUGCUUCAGCCACCAUGACCAAGUCCUCUGCAUCUACCCUUGCAGGCAGAGCCCAGCACCAACAGCCUGCCACACCUACUGUAGACUGUAGAAAGAAAGUGAAAGCAGAAACCACUCCAACGACAACGUCAUUUAAAGAAUACAAGGAAAGGAAAGAGCGUGAACGACUGGCAGCUGCUGCAGCUGCGGCCAGUUCUGGAGAACCGAGGAUGAGCCAUCCUGGCCAUGAACAUCCAAGAACUAGUCACACGAAGCCCGAGCCUCUGUCUGUUGGAGAUCUCAGUCGUCAGAGAGGGGUGAAAGGAGAGCCACUGUCAUCUAUGGAAUAUGAUCUGCAGCGAGGUGCAAAAGAGUUUUCAUCCCUGGGCUCUGAACACCAAAGACUCCAUGAUACAAGAGCAGAACCACGCUCAUUACCGAAUUUAGAUCAUCAGAGAAGUAGAUCCACAAAAACAGAUUCUAUGCCUUCAUUGAGUAUGGACAAAGUGAGGCCUGAGUCACACAGAAACAGUUCUGGAUUGACCAAAGCUUACAGUAAUCCACCUGCUCCCAGAGAAAGGCAUCAUACGGAUGCAGUGGAUAGCUUGCAGCAUCAACAGGCCUCUACACACCACCGGCACAAGCAUUCACACAAAUCAAAAGAGCAGAGCAAAGACAGACCAGCUGGCCAACCACCAAUUAAACUUAAACUGUCAAAUAGACUGAGCCAUUCUGGGACCAAUGGAAACAAAUCAGACUCUCGUUCACAUUCUUCUGCCAAAUAUUCCCAUCGACAUCAACAGCAAGCACAAAUGGGGCAGGCAGAGGCCAUGCAGUUCAGCAGCCCCAGUGAGAGACAGCCAGUUGAUAGCAGAAGUAGGAACAGCACAUAUUACGGAAAUUCUGGAAGUAUUGCAGAAAAUUCCAGCUUGCUUACUGCUGGUUCAGAAUCCAAACUGGACCAGAGGAUUGCUGCUCUGACGUCUCCCCCAGUGGCUGGCUUCUCUCAACCCUCUAGGGCUCAGAGUGUUUAUAGAGAUAGUCCAGACUUCAACCCACAUUCCGUUGGCUCAGGCUUCCAAUCUCAACAGACUUCAUGGCAGUCCAGCUCCUUCAAUCAGGGCAAUUUUGUGUCUGACCUAUCAUCUGUAGGCAUAUCUGCUUCUCCAGUCAAGCCCAGAAAACGAGGUCCCAGCCCUGCAAAUCAAUCAAGACAAUCUCCUUACAAACUUCCAAAGAAGGACACUCAUGAUACCAGUGGCAUGUUUAGUACCCAAAUGUUCACCCCACCCAACCUCGAGUCUGGAGACUUUAAGAGUGCUUUGGGAGAAUAUCGUAUGUUUGGUAAUGAUUUAAGUGUUCAGAAUCUUGAAGCGAAUGGCAAUGACACAGGAUCUCCUAAUAUCCCAGUUGGCACACCCUCCAAAGACAAAGUGAAUACCUUGCAGUUACAGUUACAAUUACAGCAGUUAAUAGAGAGGCAAAAGUCACAAAUAGCACGCAAACAACAAGACAGUAACCCCAUGACUGGUUACACUAGCAGUAGUAGUGGGGGGUACAUAUCUGACCCAACUUGCCCACCUUUACCACCCCUUCCCAGUCAGGAACUAGCACCUCCAUUACCGUCAACACCCCCAAACUUACCUCCACCACCACCUCCCCCACCACCACCUCCUCCCCCACCCCCUUUUUGAUGUAAGCUGAUGUUUUAGGAGAAAACUUAUGCCACUUAUUAUAAAUGAAAUUAUGAACAGACAUUUGUCUGGUAUACAGAAUUAAGAAAUAUUUUGUAUCACAACAUGUGUGCCAGCUUACAGGUUAGGCAGAAGGCGGAAAUGUUAAGGUACAUAACUGUUUUGUGUUCAUUUCAGGGGUAUGAGAGUUAAUUUUUGUUGAAGUUUUUUUUUAGUUGUACGAGAUCUGUUUAGCUCAGUGAUCUGUUCUCAACGCUUGAUGUUCUUAAAUGAAAAGUAUCGAUAUAAAGAGUAUCAAAGGUACCCAGUACUUCAUCGGAGGUGCCAGCUGUUUCAGGCAUGUUACAACUAUUUGGGGGCUGAAAUAUUUAACAGGGUCAGGAUGCUGGUUAAAUACCAUGUACUUUUAUUAUUGCAGGUAUUCAAAUUACUUUUUUAUGAUUAUCAUUAUUAAAUACAUGAAAUUGUGAUCCAAUGCUGUAGUGACUUGCUGGUGUAUUAUUUAUUUACGGGUUAAGAGUCAUACAGGUAGGCUUUCUUUUGUUUGAUUACCUGGGUAGCUGUAGAAUACUAUUUUAGGGUGGCAGUUUAAUACAUCCAAAUAAGUUACCAGCCAAAUUACAAACAAAUCAGUCUGAACUACAUUUACUUGAAAUCAUCCAAGUGGGUGAAAGAAACUUUUAGAAAUUAACUAUCAGUGGAAGAGGCGGUAGAAAUGGCUGUAUAAGAGAUGUCAUGAAACUAAGGUGCGUAUUAGGAAAGUUGGUAGUUUGUUACUGAAUAAAUAAGCGUAAUAUUAAAAGCGCCUUGCCCCACAUACUGAAUUUAUACCUCCAUUAAUGCUCUUUCUGAUGACUUAAAAUUACUAAAUCGAAAAGUUUCAUAUCACAGACACAACAUAGGUAUUCUAAAUUUAUAUCCUUACCUGGUCUGGUGGAACAGACGGAUAUCUUUCAUAUAUGUCACGAACAGUUCACAUUCAUUCAUACAUUUGGAUUCAUAUUCUGGUUUCUUAUGCAUUUUGUGGUGAUUUGCUAUUUGAGCUUGUUGAUCAGACUUUGGCGGUUAAGAUAAUUAAGGUAUUAUGAGUGGGUUACCCACUCACAAGAACCUGGAAGAUGUGUAUGACCAAGGUCGUCUUGCAUGCAUUAAGGGCUUGCUACUCAGAAAGGAGAAAUUUCUGGUUGGAUUUAACAGUUGUAGUGGCAUUUGCUGCUGUAAAAUCGUGUAGAUGUAAUGCAGCAUUUGUUUCAGAGAAUCUUGGAACAAGUUUGUGUUUUGACCUGCUAUGUCAGUGAUGGUCCUUAUUUAUUAUUACAUUUAUGGUUGAGAUUAUGAUUCCAUAAAAAGUGGCAUAUUUAAGAUUUGCCAGUGUACAAUUAAAGAUUGAGACCACGUUUCAUAAUUUAUACUUGAUGGUUGAUAAUACAAGAGUAAAAGAGACUAAAAGUUAAAGCAUUUAAGUCAGAGUACAACUGCUCCAGUAUGGGGACUAUUUUUUCAUAUCUACGUUUCCAGCCAUCCCACCCUUUUUGUGAAUAAAAGGGAACAAAUUUCCAAAGAUAAAAACCUCUUCCUUGUCAUUGUUUUGAAAGAAAUAGUGAACAAAGUUUAUUUUGUAGUAUUUGCCACUAAUAGGUGUAUUAGAUUCUGUCAUUCCACUGAUUGGUGGCAUUAAGUGGAUGACUGCUAUAGUAGGGCUAGUUAUGGCUUUACGUGAAGAUCAUUGAAGAACUUACAUUUUACCAAUGUUCUUGGGUCUGUAGUUUGUCUGUAGGUGGGUUACUCUAAAACUGACUGCUGUUAUGAACUAUCACGGCAUUGGACUUCAACCAAAGAAAUAAAUAAAACUAAAGAAAU